CAGAGGGCGUAUUGUGAUGGUGGGAGAUCGUUCAUGCGCCCAUAAACUGCGCAUGGAGUAAAAUGGAACGAUUCUCAUGUUGCUCAUGCGCAUUAUACGCGAAACGGAACAAACGGAACGCACCCUAGUUUUCAUCGUAAGAUCGUGCCGCGUGAAUUCCAUCUUUUCUCUUCAUCAUGGCGGAUGUAAAGAAAGCACCCGAGAAGAAGGUCGAGAAGAAGAUCGACAAAAAAGUGAAGAGGGAACCGAAAGACGCUUCCAAGAAUGUAAUGCGUGAAGUACGAAUCCGCAAGCUCUGCUUGAACAUUUGUGUCGGAGAAUCUGGUGAUAGGCUGACGCGCGCUGCCAAGGUCUUGGAGCAACUGACUGGACAACAACCUGUGUUCUCCAAAGCCAGAUAUACAGUACGUUCUUUUGGCAUAAGGCGUAACGAGAAGAUAGCUGUACAUUGCACGGUCCGUGGUGCAAAAGCUGAAGAAAUUCUCGAACGCGGCCUAAAGGUGCGAGAAUAUGAACUGAAAAAAGAGAACUUCUCGGGCACUGGAAAUUUUGGCUUUGGCAUUCAAGAACACAUCGAUUUGGGAAUCAAAUAUGAUCCCAGUAUUGGUAUCUAUGGAUUAGACUUCUACGUUGUUCUUGGGCGUCCAGGAUUUAAUGUGGCACAUCGAAGAAGAAAAACAGGCAAAGUUGGUUUCCAGCAUAGGCUAACCAAAGAAGACGCUAUGAAAUGGUUCCAGCAGAAAUAUGAUGGAAUCAUUAUAGCAGGAAAAAAGUGAUACUUCUGCAUAAUACUUCAUCUUUUGCAAAACCAUUAAAAACUUUAACAAAAAUC